GACAGACAGACAGACAGGUGUGUCAGCCUGUACAAACUAGCAGGUGACUGACUGUGUGUGUGUGUGUGUGUGUGUGUGUGUGAUGGACAGUGUGUGUGAGGACGACGUCUGCUGGCUGCAGCUGGAUGAGUUCAGGCUGCUGCUGAUCAAAACCAUCGAGCCGUCAAUCAUCACGCCGUACCUCCGCCAGUGUCAGGUGAUCAGUGCUGAGGAUGAGGAGCAGAUCUUCAACGACCCGGCGCUCGUCAUCCGGAGACGUAAAGUCGGAGCCCUGCUGGACAUCCUGUACAGGACGGGGGUCAAAGGUUACACGGCGUUCCUGGAGAGCCUGGAGCUGGACUAUCCUCAGCUCUACAGCCGCAUCACCGGGAAGGAGCCCAACAGGACCUUCAGCAUCCUGAUAGACACUGCAGGUGAGUCUGGUCUGACUCAGUUCCUGAUGUCGGAGCUCAGUCGCCUGCAGAGGGCGCUGCAGGAGGAGCGGAGACGCCGCCAGCAGGCCUGCUCCGUCGCCAAGGACCAGGAGGCGUGGUCGCGGCAGCAGCAGCUGAGGGAGCGCGAGCUGCGGCGCCUCACUGAGCGCGUGCAGAAGCUGCGGGAGGAGCGCGAGCGGCUCAGCGAGGAGCUCAGGCAGCUCAGAGAUCACAACUACAGCCUGAUGGCCGACAUCAACACGCUGGGCCAGGACAAGAACCACGCCCUGCUCGCCAACCGCGACCUGCAGAUCGAGUUGGAGCGUCUGAAAAACACUCUGAUGCGUGCAGAGAGUGAGACACGCCUGCUGAGACGACGAACACUGAGACCCCUGCAGGAGGGCAGGACCCCCCCUCCGCCCACCCACACCUCCCUGCACGGCAGGCGGGAGGAGCAGCAGGAGGUGCAGGAGGUGCAGGAGGUGCAGCACAGGAGGGAGGAGACGCAGGAGCAGAAGAAGGAGGCGGAGCCGCCGAAGACGAGCCACAACCUCCUCGCCUCCGUCUUCAAACUGAGAAGGGAGCUGCACCGCGCCGAGGAGCAGCGAGCCAGGACGCAGGAGGAGAAGGAGGAGGUGGAGCUGCGGUGCGCCCGGCUGAAGGGAGAUGCUCAGAUGUACCGGCAGAGGAACAAGCAGACCCUGCGGCAGCUGGAGGAGGUGAUCAGAGAGAGAGACAAGGCGCUGGCCAGCCGGGCGGAGCAGCAGGAGGAGGUGCGGCUGCUCCUGCAGGAGAAGGACCAGCACAGGGAGCAGCUCCGCCAGCUCACCGAGAGAUCUGAUAGGCUGGAGCUGCUCCUGCUCCGCGCCCAGGGGGAGGAGCUAAAGCUGAGGACCCGCCUCCGCAGACUGACCUGCAACUCCCACCAGGGUGAGAGGAGUGUGAGCAGUGACGAAGAGGAGGAGCCGGCAGAGAGCACUGCUAAAGGCAGCAGUGAGGACGUUCCCAGCGUGACGUCGGGGGAGAACGAGGCGCCGCCGCGACACGACUCUGCUGCCGAGCCCGGGGAGCCCAGCCCCACUGCAUCAUGGGAGGCCGACCUGUCGGAUGGUCACUCGAGGUCUAAAAGCCGACCGAACUUCCUGUACCGCAGGAAACGAGCACUCCGGUCGAAGGUCAUCCGCAACGAGUAUGCUGGCUGUAACCUUGACGACAGCAGUGGGACUGACAUCACAGACUCUGACUGAGCGUGCACGCACACACACACGCACGCACACACACGCACACACACACACACACACACACACACACACGCUUUGUGCUUUCUGAUCUUUUGUCCUUAGAAGAAAAUCAGACGUUUAAACAGAAGUUUACAUGAAAACACUUCAUAUUAUACACUGUUAUGGUAUUAUCACAGUGGAUCACAUGAACACACACACACACACACACACACACUCACACACACAUCAGAUCACUAAGAUCUCAUGUCCAUCUGGUGGGAAAAUCUCCCUGUGACUUUAGGAUUGCUCACAUUUCCCACACUGGGCCGGAGAAAAAAACACA